AUGUCUUUCCGUCUGCAUGUCAUUCGGCAUGCCGAAGGAACUCACAAUCCUCAUCAUGACACCUCAAUUCUAGACCCAGAAUUAACAGAAACGGGCAUCCAACAAUCCAAAGCCCUGUGUCACGACUUCCCAUUCAAAGAAAACGUGGGUCUAGUAAUUGCAUCACCUCUACGCCGAACCCUCAAAACAGCCUUACUAGGCUUCGAGAAAUGUCUCGACAAGCAAUUCUACGCAAACCAAAGCGGCGUAGAGCAAGGCGCAAAGCUUCUCGUUGAACCAGAUGUUCAAGCGCAUUCAGCUCGACCUUGCGAUACAGGCUCAGAAUGGUCUGUGCUAAAAGCAGAGUUUCCCGAUUUACCCUGGGAUACGAUCGAGGUAGAUGAAGUAUUUCCUGCAAAGACGGGCCGGUAUGCGCCUCAAUGGGAAUUUUUGCAGCAGCGUGGAUGGGAUUUACAGAGCAGAAUGAAAGAGCAGUUUCGGGAGAUGGAGGGAAGUCAGAGGAAGGAUAUUGUUGUUGUGACACAUGGAGGGUUUAUGAAGUUUGUUACUGGGGAUUCGAGGUUGGGAGUCGGGCCAGCGAAGUGGGCGAGUUUUGAUGUUUCGUUUGAUGAGGAGUCGAGGUUGGUUUUGGGGGAGUGUAUUUCAUCUGAAUAG